GUUGUCCUAACAUUUGUCUGUGUGUUGAUGAAGGAAUCUGUAGAAAUUGCUCCAGUGCCACAUACACUGCAAAUCCAUCGGGUAGCUCUGGAUGGAAGAGACCCCUCUAACCCCUUGAGGAGAGAGAAGAGGCAGGUGCAGUGUCAACUAGGACAAUACCUACAUCCCAGAGAGACCCACUGCUGCAUGAGGUGCCAUGCAGGUACCUACAAGGCAAAAGACUGUGAUCGGCCUGAUCAGGCACCUGUCUGUCUCCCAUGUGCUAAUGGCACAUUCACAGCUGUUGAUAACACCAUGUCUAAAUGCUUCCAAUGUACACGUUGCCGUACGGAAUUCCAGCAGAUAGUAGAGACCCCCUGCACCCUAAAGCAAGAUACCGUAUGCGGCUGUCGGAAGAAUCAGUAUCAGAUUGGCCUGUCCGAUCUCUUCCAGUGUAGGAACUGCAGCUCGUGUGUUAAUGGGGUUAUAGCCAACUGUUCAAAGAACAGAGACACAAUUUGCAGGUGUAAGCCUCGAUUCUUCCUGACACUUAGUAACAUUUGCAAGCCUUGCAACAGCUGCAUUGGAGAAGAAUGCCUGCAGUGUCAUAGCCCAGUGACUACCUCACCAACUUCAUCUGGGCUGAAUGGGAGCCUUGUCCUUGGCAUCAUCGUUGCAAUAUUUGUAGUUAUCUCUGUCCUCUACAUUGUAAAUAAAUUAGUGAAGCUGGUCCAGGAAAAUGGGAUAGUGUCAUCUUUCUACUCCUGUGUUUCUUUGCCACAGACAACCAAGGAGCCAGUAUCUGAGGUUGAGGUAAAAAGAAAUGAAAUUUCCAUCCUUCUUCCCGAGUCCCAGAAAGAAACAGAAUUGUCAGUGAAUGCAACACCACCACCUGCACCUCUGCCACAGAGUUCACAUGAGUUACCAGACUGUGUCAGACCUGCCAGAAAGACACAGCUUCCAGACAACCCUGCUAUUCUCUACACUGUGGUGGAUCACGUACCGCCAUCUCGGUGGAAAGAGUUUGUGAGGCGUCUGGGUCUGAGUGACUAUGAUCUAGAGCGAAUUGAGAUGGAGCAUCGGCGUUUACGAGAUGCCCAGUAUGAAAUGCUUAGACUGUGGAAACUGCAGAUGGGCCAUGCUGCAACUGUGGAGCACAUUAGCUGUGUUCUCAACCAGAUGGAGCUGAGUGGCUGCAGUGAAGCUAUUCAGGAGGCUUUGCUAAACCAGAACUCUCCGCAACCUUGCAGCCUCCACAGCCAUCUUUAAUCUACUUCUGCUUUAGUUGCCCUUGCUGUGACUGUUAAGAGAGGAUCAUAACUCGCUUCCUUUCCUGUCUUCCUUUUCCCAUACCUCCAUAUCUUUCUAACACUCCUUAACUGGGUUUGCUGGAGACAGCAGCAGAUGAUGCUGCAGGAAGGCUGAGGUUUGCUUCUCAACCACCAUGUAGUUGAGCAUCUUUAAACCAAGACAGACCUCUGCAACAACUCCUUUCCCAAGGAGGGAAAGCACCUUAUAAAGGAAGUGGUGUGUGGACUCUGACCGAGAUGAAAACAGGAGCU